GACGCUGUCCGACAUCCAACACUCCUGGUGUUAUACUUCCACGAAGUUUUCCCGUCAUCACUUCCUCAACAAGUCUCGUCCAACAUGACCGCAAACAAAGUCCUUCUGGUCGCCGUUUUCGUGCUGGUCGGAUCUAUGUAUCUCAGCCAGGUUGCUGGUGAUGCUGACGGGGAAAAGUUGGCAAAGUUUUUAGCGGUUGGCAUUAAAUGUUUCAACAAUAUUGAUUUAGACGUUUGCUCCGAAAUGAUGAAUGGCGAAUACGACAUCACCCAACAAAAGUACAAAGACUGCACGUGUGCCCUCGCGUGCAUGGGAAAAGAUAUGGGAUUGAUUGUAGACGGUAAACCCGUCCCCGGUGCUUACAUGAAACUAGUGGAUCAGUUAGAAAACGCAUCGGUCAAGGCCGAAUUGACAGAAAUACAUGAAAAAUGUGCCAACCCCAAAGGAGACGACGAAUGUGCUAUUUCGGAAAACUUCAUGACUUGCGCUCUUAAAACGUCGCCCAAGCUGAAAGAACGCAUGACAACAAUGAUGAAAGCUAUGUCACCCGGUAUGAAGCAGUGAUAAACUCGUGCAAUAUAACCAACAUGAUUCACGACUGAUCAGUACCUACGCCUAAACAAAAAUUUAAUUCUAUUAUGUUAUAAUUACCUUACA